AUGGACAGAGCAAAAGUUACCCGUAGGGUGUUGGACGGGGAAGCGAAUCAGUUAAAACACACCGAAAAUGUCAAAAUCUGGAAGUCUCAAUUGACGUCUAGCAGCGAGGAGAGGAAAUUCAGGAGAGUAGGAGACGCUCCGACGCUACGGUAUGUUGGAUACUGUACUCCCUUUUUUGCCCCGGGUUCCGAGUUUUGGUUUUGAUGGAAGCUCCACCGUGGGGAUUCGAGCAGGUUCACCUUCAUCUUCGCGUCUAACCCUCUUUCCGCUCCAACACGCUAUAUUAUACCGCACAGCACUGAGUUUCCCGAAAGGCCAAGUUACAGCUUCAUACCCCCUCGAAAACACAGUUCCCAUCCGCCAUGGUGGUCCCUAGCCUAGCACAAAAAACUCGCGACACCCUCAACGACGAAACCCAUUAUGAAGUGCUCACAAAGACAUCACAAGAAAAUUCUUUGAUCAAGAAUAACGGUGUUCACUUCAGCUUUUCCGUUUACCUAACGUACACCAAUGCUAUCCCAGAGAAUUGA